GUCAUCGCAGCCAGGACCAUCAGCGUAGAGGAAAAGAUCAGGGAUGAUUCGGAUUUGUCACAGUUCUAUGCCUUGUUGGAGAGUAAUACCUUCAUGAACCACACCAUAGGCUACAGAAAAAUGACACUUUUUGCACCAACAAAUGUUGCUUUCCAGAGAUACAGGGGACCACUCAAUAAUUCACUAGUCACUUAUCACGCAACAAAUGUGGCUCGUGUUUUGGACGAAUUGCCUAAUAGUGUUUUAUCUGAGUCUGAUGGAAACCCACCCUUAUGGGUUACUAGAAAAAGGGGCACUCACAGUGACGAACUUUAUAUAAAUAAUGCUAAAAUUUUGAAAAGACGGUCGGAUUAUGUUGCUCCCACUAAAAAUGGGGAAAACAAGCAGGUUUUGCACGUAAUUGACGAAGUUUUGGAGCCGAUUCAACUGGCUAAUCCAAAUAUACAAAAUUACAAUCCUGAUGCUUUCGAAUUUCUUAACCAAUCAGAGAAUUACAAUAUAGGCCAUCAUAGAGUCAGGACAUUCAGACAGAGAAUGCUCCACACAAGAAGGCAACACGUAUUUUCAGCUGAUGGCAGACACACUUUCUUUAUUCCAGUAGAAGAUGGAUUUAAGCCAACUAUGCGUUCGAAUUUGAUUGAUGCCAAAGUCAUUGAUGGGCAUGUGGUUCCCAACCAAGUUCUAUUCACAAAACCAACCCCAAACGACCCUUAUCAGACCUAUGCCUUUGGAGAUAACCUUCAGGUGACAGUUUCCAUGCACACCGUUGACGACGGCAAAACCACCAAGACCUAUGUUCGAUCUAACACACUGAUCGGGGACCCAAACCAUGCUACGGGGGUUGUUCUAGCAGAAGUUGUCAAGGCUAAUAUUCCAGUCAGGAAUGGAGUCGUACAUCUCAUCAAUAGACCACUCAUGGUAGUCGAUACCACUGUCAAGGAAUUUUUAGAGGGUUUUGACAGAGAAGAUGGACCAUUAUUUGAAUUUUACCAAGUGAUUAUGGAUGCUGGUGGUGAUUUUAUGGAGCUUUUGGUCAGGACAAAAGAUUUAACCUUAUUCGCUCCCAAUAAUGCAGCGUGGAGAUCGCAGGCUUCAGUUAAUGUUAUCAGAAACAAGGAAAAACUCAGGGAAAUUCUCAAUAUGCACUUGGUACGUGAACGCUUGCCAAUGGAUAAAAUCCUUCAGAACAACAUUAAUCAGGUGUCUACAGUGGCCGACCGUCGCAGUUUGUUCUUCAACAUUCUUAACAAUGGCCUGAACCAGACCUUGACGGUGGAAGGGGCAGGAGUGAACGCGACUGUGGUGCAGCCCAAUGUGGCCUGCACGAACGGAAUCAUCCACAUCAUCGACAGGUUGGGAGUGCCACACACCACGGUCAUGCAGAAACUGCAGACCGAUCCGAUGCUCAACUCAACAUAUUUCUUGGGAAAAUUGUCUAAAUUCAAUCCCCAAUUGAAUGAUACAAAACGUAGAUUUACAUACUUUGUGCCCAGGGACAAGGCCUGGCAAAAGCUAAUUAGAAUACCCAUCUCAACACAAAAAUUAUUUAUGAAGGAUUUUGCAUACCACGUGAGUAGAAUAGAUUGA